CUGAGCCGGGACGGCGCUGCGUCUGUAUCCGCCUUCACGGCUGCAAGUCUGUCAGAAAUGAGUUUCCACUACGGCCAGGGCUAUCCCGGAGGAGGGCACCGACCACCGGCAGCUCAAUACGGGGGAGGCAGUGGUCCUUACGGGCCGACACCCUCAGCUCCGUACGGAGGCGCACAGCAUCAACAAGGGGGUCCUUAUGCUCCUUAUGGAGCUGCUCCAGGUCAAGGAGGGCAGUAUGGGCAACGACCAGGGGGUGCCCCCGCCGGGCAUUAUGCAGGUUACGGAGGACAGCCUCAUGGAGGGCAGCCUCAUGGAGGGCAGCCUCAUGGAGGACAGCCUCAUGGAGGACAGCCUCAUGGAGGACAGCCUCAUGGAGGACAUUACGGACACCAUGCUCCUGCAGCUAACAUCCCCCCCGGUGUGAACCAAGAGGCGUUCCAGUGGUUCCACACCGUGGACACCGACCGCAGCGGCUUCAUCAACCUCAAGGAGCUGAAGCAGGCCCUCGUCAACUCCAACUGGUCUGCCUUCAACGACGAGACCUGCCUCAUGAUGAUCAACAUGUUUGACAAGACGCGGUCCGGUCGAAUGGACAUGUUUGGCUUCUCGGCACUGUGGGAGUUCAUGCAGCGGUGGAGAGCUCUCUUUCAGCAAUACGACAGAGACCGCUCCGGCUGCAUCAGCGGCGCGGAGCUACACCAAGCCCUCGCUCAGAUGGGCUACAACCUGAGUCAACAGUUUUCCGAGACGCUGGUGCGACGCUUCGCCGUGCCCGGCGCGCGACCCGGCCUCCAGCUGGACCGCUUCAUCCAGGUGUGCACCCAGCUCCAGACCAUGACGCAGGUCUUCCGAGAGAAAGACACGACCAUGACGGGCAACAUCCGCCUUAACUAUGAGGAUUUCCUCUCCGGGGCCAUCACCAAGCUCAUGUGAGCCAUCGGUCCACCGGCAAGCCCUCUGCACUGUGGAUUCAUCGUAUCAUUCCAUGUUCAGGUCCUAUUUUGCUGGGUUUUCAAUGCUCUGCCAUAAGUGCCUCCACCUGUACGUGUACAGUAUAUCAGCCAGAACGUGGCUUGUUGCUGUCAGGAAGUAAAGCAUUACAUCAUGCAUUCGGUCAAAGAUCAUUGGCUGUUGAAAAGGCAGCUAAAGCUUUUACUGGAUGGCUUGACUUUCACCAGGUGCAAGUGUGAAAGUGAUCGUGUCAAAGGUGACUGAUGCCAUAGAACCCCAGAUAUAUGUUUGACCAUAAACUGCAAAAGAGUCUUUGUUUGAUUUACUGAAUGUUGACCCGACAACAUUCACACCUGAUGAAUUUUCUCAUUUGCUCAUUCCCGUGCCAUUAAGAUGACAUCAGGAAUAUUCAGCAGGGUGUUUCCGUACAAUGGUUGCACAUUGUAUUGAACAUUGCUUUAUAAUGUGUCGUGCAUAAUUAGCCAAAAUCAAGCCAUUUUUUCUAAUAUUUUGAUUCUUCUCUGACAUGUUGCUGUGUAACAAAGUGAGGAGAAAAAAAUAAUGUAUUAUAGCUUUCUGCUACUUUGCACUCCUUUUAAGCCAAUAUCAACCAUAAAUAAUAAUGCAAAAUUAUCCAUGGUAAAAAAAGACCCAAAGGUAUAACAAAUUGUCCUUAUUAUGUUUUCCGCUUCCCCAUCGAUGAAAUGGAUCUUCAGUGUUUGUUGGGCCAGUACUCUAAGAGGUAAAACACUCCACUGAGGUGGUCUGAAAUCCCAGAGCAUCAUGGUUCUUAAUGCCAAAACAAAUAAAUGUUUUUUCUAUCAUG